UGUAUAAAAACAAAAAUGAUUGCAUACUUUGUUUUAUUUCUCCUUCAGUUUUGUUAUUUGUGUUCGAUUUUAAAUAUAAAGAGUCAGUAAGUUCAAAGAAUAUAAACUGUAUUCAUAUAUAUUUUUAAAAUAUCAGGCAAUUCAUGUCCUACUGUCCUGAAUGACUGAUGUGAUGAUAGACUUACAUGUCAGCCAGUGGUAAAUAUUAAAGCUUUAGCAUUAGGGUAACAGACAAUUUGUACUAACUGAUCCUUACCGAAAUUCUAACCCGGAAGCAUCGUAACGAAACUCCAAAGAAUGACUCGUGCGAUGCUAAACUUACAUGACAGCCCUUUGUAAAUAUUACGAGUUAUAACUCGUGAUAAUGAUAUAUCAUUAGGCUACAGUUCAGUAUAUUGAUAUAUUGGUUUCUUUAGUGCUUUCAUACAGAAAGCAGGGACACAAUGACACCUAUAUCGUAAACAGUCUAUACCUAAAGUAUAGACUGGCUGUUCCGUAUUCCCUGAGAAUAUGUUUUCCAAACAAUAUUGUGAGGUCGCUUGAUAAAAUCGCAAUGCAAUGUCAAUGGCACUAUCCCAAAUAUCCUGGUCCGAGUGUGAUUGAUCCCGGAGAGGGUGCAUCCCCCGCCCUUCCCGCGCGCUGCGUUUCGUUCGUUCGUUCGUCCCUCGCGGCAAUAGCGCGCCAAGCUCCGCCGCGAGAGGGCGCUUAGCUCGCGUUCCUCUAUUUCACAAACACGUGUUUCUGUUACUAAAAAACCGGUGUGCUAGUGUGAGUGACUGUUGAAUUAUUCCGUGUCAAUACCUUUGCCGGCACGAUGCGUGCCCGGCAUUAGAAUCGGCCGAUUGUAUGUCGUGUGCAAAUGAAUAUUCACCAUGGGUUAAUCUCUUAAACGCCGAAAACGCUCACAUGACUCAUCAUACCCAACCCAAGAAGUGUAAAAAUGGAUCCAGUUUUGAGAACGUACGAAACUAUGUCGCGCUAGUUGUGUUCUUGUAACGCCAGCAAGUGUAGCCAAAAUGGAUGACAGUUCUCCGGAUUUGUCCCUGAAGCUGCGGCGGGGGUCCAGCGACUCUCGGGAGUCUUUCUACAUGGACUUCGCUCAAGGAAUAGAUUCGGAUAUUGAGGAGGUGACCACCAUAGAGAGAGUCAUACCCGAGCACCCUGGCGGAAGGACUGAGGGCGACGCGGACACAUUAGCGACGCCGUCCGGCCUGGAAGAGAAUAAGGAGUUGGUGCAAUGUUGCUACUCUAUACCGGCGAACAACAUGUCGGGUGGCUCGCACGUUUCCCGGGCGACAUUUGGUGGGGCGGAGUCCGAGAUAUCAGGCGGGAGCGCCCCCCCGCUGCCGAGCCCGGCAUCCGCGGGCGCCGCGCUGGUGUCCCCGGAGACUCUGAGCCGCCACAGCAGCCCCCCGCCGCUGCCCGCCCACCCAUCCCACCAACAACCAGCGCCGUCGUGUUCCUCGCACCGCGUGCACAUGGAGGAGUCUCCUAUGCGGGUGCCAAGUCCACACUCAAUAUCGCUGGGUGGGUCGUUGUCUCUGCAGCCGGUGUUGUACGGGCCAACGGUAGGAGCGCCCUCGCACCACCCGCCUUUACCUCCGAUAAGGCGACCCUCGCGGCCUUCAGCUUCGAUACAGCAUAUGCACGUAAUCCGACCGAGCGACGUACUUGCGACUACACUCUCCGCACUUUACGGAAAGCUAUUGGUAGUGAUGGGUGUAGCGUUCCCAAUGGCUGAAGUUAUAUCUACGUACAUACCACCGUCUUUCUACGAGGGUUUCUACUUGUACCUCUAUAUCGGCAGUAUGGUGUUCCUUUUGUACAUGUAUGCUGCCUUGGUGAGGGAUCGGUCGCGGUCUGCUACUGACACAACAGUUGCUGCUAAAUCCGAUUCGAGUUCAUCACCCUCCGAGUCUGAUUCGUGCUCGUCGCGCACGGAGCGUAGCACGGCGACUGCUCCGCAUGUGCCGCAGCCGUUCAUGGGAAAACGGCUCUCCCUGGGGUUCGCGCUUUCGACCAAAACCCAUCACUACGGCAGCUUCUACCUGAGAAUGGGAGCUGUUGCAUUUGGUAUCGGCUCCAUGAUCUAUUCGGGUUUGGAGUUCGGCCAGUACUGGGAGCUGGAGAGGAACACCAACUGCCACAAUGUGCUGCUUGCGCUGACACCCGCUACCAGAAUGGCCUUCAUCUUUAUCCAGAUGUACUUCAUAUUUCUCAACAAUGAGAUGAAAGUGUACAAACAUAAAAUAGUAGCGAGGUUUGGCCUGAUGCACAUGGUGGGGACGAACUUGAGCGUGUGGUUGAAUGUGCUGGUGCAAGAGACGAAACACGAAAUACUUACCUUCUACGACCCGGAGAACAAGACCAUUGGAUUAUCGCACAGAUUAGCGUUCCAAAAAGCCUUCGCGUCAUUGUCGACAGAAGUACCUCCAUCGCACCCGGCAGCGGCCCAUCUCCGGGUUCCUCGAGGACUAAAAGGUCCGCAUCAUAUUUUCGAGUGCCGUCGUACCAACAUUAUGGGUUCUUUAGUACAGGAUGCUUCACCGUUCCUUUUCCCCUGCACUAUUGAGUAUUCACUCAUAUGCGCCGCUAUCUUAUAUGUUAUGUGGAAGAAUAUCUCCAAAUACCCUUCAAAGGACGUCGCGGCCGCUAUAGCAAAAGCCCGAAUCCUCGAAGGCUUAGCCUACAAAAAGUCACCGCAUCUUUACAGCGUCGAUUGCGCACGAGCACACAAAGGAUUGUUCUUCGGAAUACUCGUCUUGGUUCUCACAAUUAUAUCCCUGAUACUAUUCUUCGUCUUAGUAUCCAGGAAAGAAUAUGCAACUUUAGCUGUGGUCGAAGUGAACGUAUGCGAGUUGGUGUUAUACGCGAUGACUACUUUUGCCAGUUUAGCUGGAAUGGUUUGUGUAAGAAAAUUGAAAUAUGAUGGAAACAGAAACUUGGAACUCGACAAUAUCCUCCUUGUUGGAGCGCAGACGGGAAUGUUCAUCUACGGAACUUUCACUAUAAUUGGUGGGCAUUUUACUAUAGAGAAGAACACUAUCCUAAUUCUGAUCACAGCUCUCUCGUCUUUAGUGCAAACCACUUGUCAGACGAUGUUUAUUUUAGAUGCGAGUCGCAGAUCUGCUAAAACUCCAGAACAAUUAAGGAAGAAACCUGGAAGAGAGAUAGUAACGUUUCUUUUAGUAACGAACUUGGCUAUGUGGGCUAUUAAUACUUUGGAGAAAUCCCGAGCGGAAUCUCAUCCUGUACAAUUGCAUUUCUACGGGCUCUGGGCUUGGACUAUAAUAACACACGUUUCGAUGCCUUUAGCGAUCUUCUAUAGAUUCCACUCGACCGUUUGCCUCUGUGAGAUCUGGAAGCGGGCUUAUAAGAUGAAACCUGCUUAUAUGUAGCGACUGGCCCAUCGGUACUGAAGUGCUUGGAAUUGGGAUGAUGAUACGGUAACGUAAACGAAAUUCCCAUUAGUCCAUCAGUUGGAUUCUCAAGAAUAAUGUACACUUAUUUUUCCUUUUGUCAAUCAACCAAAAAUUUAAAAGGCGAAGCGCGUCAAAGUUUGGGAAGGGCAGCUCGUGGCGUCACUUCUAAGUAAAAAAUGUAUCAAGACGUAAUGUCAUGUGACAUUUCAAAUCAAUAUAUCUCUGUAAUAUUUUGAUUAUGUGAAUAAAGAAAAAUACGUGUACAAUAGUUUUUGAUAAUGUACCUGAUAGACGAAGAAAAAAAAAGUCAUCAUCUUUAUUCUCACAUGAACAUUGACAAAAUAGUGGCGUAAUUAUUUAUAGUGCCAUAGAAACGAUGAAAGAGUAGUUGGGUAACUUUAAAUGUUUAAAAAUGCGGGCUUCAGUCUCGAGAAUGAGAACAGUAAUAUAUAAAUAACAAUCAUGUUAAUAAAAACGUUCCAAAAAGGAACUAAAAAUUUUUUAUCAACAUCUCAUAUUCAACGUGCACUUUUAUUCACAUUAGUUUCCAAGUUGACUGCUGUAACGUUAAGUUAUUGUAUUUAAAAUAUUUUAAUAUGUUAUUUAUUUGUAGCUUUAUCGAACGCUUUAACUAUCAUAGCGACACUGGUUCGUUAGGUACUAACUACGAUUUAGUAUCACAGUAUUUCUCAAAUAAACGGGUUGGAUUUUAUUUAUUUAGCGCUUAAUGUUUAGAAGUUAAUUUAAUAGCGAUCUUAGGGGUUAUUGUUAAAACUAUCUAUCUUUAGAAUAUCAUAAUUUAUUGUGUUCAUAUUUUCACUUUGUUUUAGUGUAAGUACAUAAGUAUAGAGAGUAGAUAUUAGAAGAUAACAACUUACUAGUAAUUUGCAUCAACAUUCCACUUUUUGCGAAAUUUUCACCAUUGCUGCAUACAUUUCUUGUAACUUUAUUCAAUACAAAUGUCUUCCAUUAGGUUAUACGUUUCGUUACAGUAGUGUUUCAUACACAUUUCUUUAUUUUACACUUAAACAUGAGCUUUUCUUAGAUUACUUUUAAAAUUAACAUCGGGAACAAUAACCAAUGUGUGUAAUCGUAUUUUUUUGAAGAUUUUUAAGUGAAAACUUUUUAAUUAUAAAUUAUUGCAAUAAGAUACAUUUUACUAUGAAUGAGAAAAGGAUCAUAGUCUGAGCAGAAAUUAGAGAUUUUGUAGCGAUAUUUUUAUGGAAAAAAUGUAGUGUCAGUAUUUUGGAUAAAAAUUUUAACAGUAGCAAUACUAACAUACCGAGGACCCAGUAGUUAGGCAAAAGGAGACACCAAAGUUUUAUAUGAGUAGGUGAUUUUUGGAGCUUAUUGACAGUAUAGAGUCCAGUGGAAUUAUUCCUUAGAAUGUUAGAACUCCUUUAGUGAGUGAACGCUGAAUUGAUUAUGAUCACUGAUCGAUAGACUUAGCUAUUUCGUCCAGAAAAUAUUUUAAUUCGUGUACAAAUCUCAAAAACACCAAUUCUAGGUAAUUGAUGACAAUGUUCCAAAUACGCGAUCGCAAUUACGGAGUGAAGUGGUAACCAUUCAAAUAAGUAACCAAAGGAUAUGUUUCAUAUUUGUAUGGGGCUUGGGCUAGGUCUUGUACAUAAUGUACAAAUAAAAAAAAUCAAGAACAUAAGCGACUCAGAUAAUUAAAAUUUCCAUAUUUUGCUAUAUUUAACGGUACAGUUUUUUUUAUAAUUAACUUUGACAUUCAAAGUCUACAAUAUCGAACAUAGAUGUCAACGUCAGUUUAGGGGUACAACAAGUCUAGAAAACUUAAUGCCACUGGUGUCGAUUAUGGCGUGAUUCUCUAAACUUAAAACUAAAUUUAACAUCA